AUGGUGCUUCUGACUUCGUCCACCGUAUCCGCCUUAAUUUCGGGAGGAGUUGUUUGCUUAUUCACAUUCCUGCUGUUUCUAUCCGGAUACGUGCUACAACAACAAUCAGUCCGCUCGAUCCAGGAAGCCAUCCGACGACCACCCGAGCCACAACCCGUGCCAACUUUACCGCCUCAAUUCCGAGAGCCUGAGAAUGAGACCGUUGGAGUUGCAUUAGAGCCCCCUGAGCGGGAUGCGGAGUCCGUCAUUGGUGGAAGCCGGGGCCCAUGGGCAGACUCUGUACAAGUACCUGUGGUUGCGUCGACUGGGGAGCAGAAGCCGAGGAAGGACUCGCCGCCUCAACGACUGGCGUACAUAUUCGCCCUUGAGGAACCAUUGCAUCUAUGUUCGGCACUUCUCUUCGCCAAGCAACAACGAUCAGCAAGUCGAUUGCCACAGGAGCCGUCGAUCGUCCUCCUCUACCCGUCGACGUGGGAGUCGGAUCCGUCGCCGUUGUUCACCUCCGUACUGAGCUUCAUGCGAGAUGUCCAAGAGCUAUAUGAUGUCGUGUAUCGGCCGGUGCAGAUACGCGAUGCAUGGAAUACUCGGGCCUUACUCCUUGGGGAGCUUCAGUGGGGAAGGUGGGACUACGAUCAGGCACUGUACUUGCGUUCACCGGGGAUGGGUCUCGACAUCCAGACUCUGGAUAGUACGCUCGCGUCUCUAGACACAAGACAGUCAUGGACACCGUUGAACCCUUCGUCCGGAGACGAUCCUGAGGUUCUCCUCAGAACGUCUCGAGGUCUGCAGAGUCCGAGGGGUCCAACGAGAAAGCUUAUUGUCUCAGCAAAUCAUCGGGUCACAGAGGCUGACGAGGGCGGGGAAAGUGCCGAUACUCUGGAAAGAGAUUCUGCAUAUAUGUUGUUCUCCGACCAGCGUCCUAGUGAUGAAAGCCAGAUUGAGUGGUACGGCGACUUGAAGCACCAAUUCCACGAGGGCAGGAGAACAGUGUGCGAGGGUAGCGGCUUGUUGAGUGACACCAAGAUGCCAUAG